AUGCUAGUUUCCUCCUUUGUUUUUGCGGCACUCUCACUAGGGGUAGCGGCAAGCCGCCCAUAUGAUUAUAUCGUUGUUGGCGGAGGUACCAGCGGAUUGGUCGUUGCCAACAGACUUUCAGAACUGAACAAUGUCACUGUGGCUAUCAUCGAAGCUGGCGGCUCUGUUUUCAACAACUCCGAUGUCACUGAUGUCUUGGGCUAUAGUCUAGCCUUUGGAAGCGAGGUCGACUGGGCCUACCAGACCGAGAACCAGACAUAUUCCGGAGGCCUGAAGCAAACCAUUCGCGCCGGAAAGGCCCUUGGUGGCACGAGUACUAUCAACGGAAUGUCCUACACCCGAGCCGAAGACGUGCAAAUCGAUAAUUGGGAACUUGUUGGAAACAAGGGAUGGAACUGGAAGAGUCUUUUCCCAUACUACAAGAAGUCGGAAGGGUUCCAGGUGCCCACUGCAGACCAAAUUGCUCAUGGUGCUAGUUAUGACGCAAACUAUCAUGGCACGAAGGGGCCUCUGAAGGUCGGCUGGCCCACAGGAAUGACCAAUAGCAGUGUCUUUCCUGUUCUCAACAAGACCUUUGAGAAGCUGGGUGUCCAUUACAACCGCGACUCGGAGGGAGGCCAGAUGGUCGGAUUCACGGUCCAUCCUGACACCGUUGACAGAGAAAACAAUGUCCGCGACGAUGCUGCCAGAGCGUACUACUGGCCAUAUAAAGCUCGGUCUAAUCUGAAAGUAAUCUCCAACACCACUGCCAACAAGAUCAUCUGGGCAGACACCGACAAUGGUGAUGCUGUUGCUAUCGGAGUUGAGGUCACCGGUGCUCAUGGAGUGCAAAAAAUCUAUGCUUCCAAGGAGGUCGUCUUGUCAGCUGGAGCGUUGAGGUCACCAGCGCUUCUUGAGUUGUCCGGCGUUGGAAACCCGGACAUUCUUCGCAAAUAUAAUAUCCCUGUGAAGGUGAACCUCCCCACUGUUGGUGAGAACUUGCAGGAUCAGACGAACAAUGGUCUCUCCUGGGAAGGUAAAGAGACUUGGACUGGCCUUGCGACAUUCUCUGCUCUGCCCUCUGUCAACCAAAUUUACGGUAAAAAUGUCACUGCUUUGGCAUCAUUUGUCAAAGCCAACCUCGCCAGUUAUGCGAAGGCCGUAUCAAAGGCCUCGAACGGCGCAGUGAAAGAGUCCGAUCUCAUGACUGCGUUCAAGCUUCAAUACGAUCUGGUCUUUAAGUCGCAGGUCCCAUAUGCAGAAAUCGUCUUCUCUCCUAGCGGUCAAUCGUUUGCCGCGGGUUUCUGGCCUCUACUUCCUUUCUCGCGGGGUAAUGUUCACAUUAAAUCUGCCAAUGCCUCGCAGAUCCCCGCUAUUAACCCGAACUACUUCAUGUUUGGGCAAGAUGCUGAAGCUCAGGUCGUCGUGGCUCAGUAUAUUCGCAAGACCUUCGGUACUGCACCCCUCAGCGGUAUUGUAGGAGACGAGGUUUCUCCAGGACUCGACGCUCUUCCUGAAACCGCAUCAAACUCCACAUGGAAUAAAUGGGUUAACGCAAACUAUCGCCCCAACUAUCACCCAGUCGGCACUGCCAGCAUGCUCCCGCGAGAGAAUGGCGGUGUUGUUAACACCGAGCUCAAGGUUUAUGGCACUAAGAAUGUCCGUGUUGUUGAUGCCUCCGUUCUGCCUUUCCAGCUCUGCGGACACUUGAUGAGCACUCUCUAUGCAGUGGCUGAGAAGGCUUCAGAUCUGAUCAAGGAGAGCCACACUGCUUAG